GUAAAUGUGGCAGAAUAUACCGCUUGGAGCGUGAGAAAACUUUGUCACGCCACGAAAGCUUACGGUUGGAGGAACCCUCAUAUGCAAGUUAGCGAACGCCUCACGUGCUGUUACCAGUAAGACACGCACUGUUAUUGUUACGCAAGUGAAGGCUACUAUAAGUGUGCAUAAGCGCGUAUGACGCGCAAAGCAGUAGUCAGCCGGCUAGUUAGCCAAGCAUGGGCACGUUGCGGUUUCCCCGACGGACGCCCGUUUUGCUCAUGGCCCGCGGGUGAGGCAAAAGUCCAUGCCCAACCUCCUCAAUCAGCAAACCAAGCCCGCCUUGUAAUCGAUUCUGACUCAGCCGAUGAGUACCAACGUCGGCUGCGGGAGUUUCUCUCGGCAUCGCGCCUUCAAGACCCAGCCGAACUCCCUCGGCAGACCUCCCCAUCCCAGAUGCUUCAACCAGACCCCACCGACGCCUUACGCCAUGCACACACCUCCUUUGCCGUUGAUCCUGUCAUCGUUGGAACAACAACAGCAACGGUACGACAACCAACGGUACCACAGCAAGCGGCCCACGCUGCCUCAGACCCAACCACCACCAGCCGCAGAAGAGCCGCGCUCAAGGACAUUCCCGCCUUCAACCCCCGCGCCUCAACCUCCUCCUCCUCCCCCAGCACCUGCGGCAGCAGCAGCGCUGUCAGCAGCCACAGCUGCACCUCCAGCCAGCCCAUGCCCGCCUCCACAAGAGGCACCCCUGAGGCGGCAGCGAACAGCCUCGAACCGGACUCCCGGCCACCUCUCCCAGGCAGCAGCAGCAGCAGCAGCAGCCACGGUGCAGCAGCCGCAGUAGCAGUAGCAGCCCCAGCCUCAGCAGCCCCGCAGCCGCACCCCGCCGCGCCCACCCCGGUCGACUGGCGGGAGCUGCUGCGGCGGGCGAAGGAGGCGCAGGUGGAGCCGCCGGCGGGAGCGCAGAUGCUGACGGACAAGUUCAGGUGCAUGCGUGCAGGGGUGUGUGCAGGGGUGUGCAUGCAUGCACUGCAGGGGUUUCCACCCCGGGCAUCCACCCCCUGCCACACAACACCGGCAUUGCCACCCCCUCUCCCCUCCCCUCACUCCCUGCACCCGCCUCCUCUCCAUGCGCUCAGUUGUUUCCCUCCCCCACUGCCCUCCCCCCUCCCCUUCCCUCUGCCACCAUGUUUGCACCCCAUGGUGAAACCUUCUCACACACACGCGGCCAGUUUUCUUAACACACAGCCAGUUAUUUUAACACACAGCUCGUUAGUUGCUUCGUCAGUUUCCUUACCCUUUUGCCACUCCUCCCCCCACCCCAGCCGCACCCACACCUACCUGCGCAUCUCCCUCACCGAGCGCUGCAACCUGCGCUGCACCUACUGCAUGCCGGCGGAGGGGGUGGCGCUCACACCCUCGCCGCAGCUGCUCAGCACGCAGGAGAUCAUGCGGCUGGCGCGGUUAUUCGUGGAGGCAGGUGUCACCAAGAUCCGGCUCACGGGCGGCGAGCCCACUCUGCGUCGCGACCUGGAGCCGCUCAUCCGGCAGCUGUCGGGGGAGCUGCGACCCAUGGGUCUGCGCAGCGUGGCCAUCACCAGCAACGGCCUCGUGCUGGGCAGGCAGCUGGCGGGGCUGAGGGAGGCGGGCCUCAACGCCGUCAACAUCUCGCUAGACACGCUGCGCCCCGACCGGUUCGAGCAGCUGGCCCGGCGGGGGGGUCACGGGCGGGUGAUGGAGGCCAUUCGGACCGCCGUGGAGCUGGGGUACGACCCGGUCAAGGUGAAUGUGGUGUUGAUGCGCGGAGUGAACGAGGACGAGGUGCCCGACUUCGCCGCGCUCACCGCGCACCAGCCCAUCAACGUGCGCUUCAUCGAGUACAUGCCCUUCGACGGAAACGUGUGGGCCGACAGCAAGAUGGUGCCCUAUCGCGAGCUGCUGUCCCGGCUGCAAGCUGCCUUCCCGCACACGCCCCUGCAGCGGCUGGACGACCCGGCGGGGGAGGUGGCCAAGAAUUACCGACUGGAGGGCCACCGCGGCUCCGUGUCCUUCAUCACCUCCAUGACGCAGCACUUUUGCAGCGACUGCAACAGGCUGCGGCUGCUGGCCGACGGCAGUCUCAAGGUGUGCCUGUUCGGGGCGUCCGAGGUGUCGCUGCGGGACGCCAUGCGGGGAGGCGCCAGCGAUGCCGACCUGCGCGCCAUCAUCGGUGCGGCGGUGGGACGCAAGCGGGCGGCGCAUGCGGGGCUGGAGCAGCUGGCGGCGGCGACAAACCGGCCCAUGAUUACGAUUGGGG